AUGAUCCUCAAACAUCCAGCGUGUCCCCGCGACGGGCCCACGCCAUACGACGCCGAACUCAACGACAUGCCUGCCCAAGCUCAGGCGCGGGGUGAAUUUCUCCACGCACGCAGCGACGCGCUCAAGGCCGCAGCUGGGGACGGGUAUCAUCUGUCGUGGCUUGGGACCGUACCAAAGCACCGAGGGCGCGGGAUGGCCGGGGCGCUAGUGCGUCUCGCCCUCGAGCGAGCAAAGGCCGACGGGUCGCCCUUGCGGCUGAGCACUAACAGUGCCGAGAACGUUGAAUACUACACGCGCUUCGGGUUCACCAUAGCAGGCUACGACGAGUGGGAGACGGACGGAAACCGGUUCACGUGGUGGGUCAUGAUAGCAUAG